CAGCUCCGUCACAGAACAAAGCUUCAGUCGUUGACCUUCAUUCUGCUGUUGAGGACAAACUUUAGCAGCUGAACGACAAACCAACAUGGAGUCUGGACUCUCGCUCAGGGUUUCUUGGACAUGUCUGCUGUUGAUCAGCAGUGCUGUUGGUUUUCCUGCUAAAGAAGGCUACAGAUAUCCCUACGCAGCUACCUGGAGCUCCAGUGGCGGUCCUGGAGCCUCACGUCCUCCUCUGGCAUCCCUGCUGCAGGAGUCGUUUGCUGGAGACCAGCAGCUUGAAGCAGCCUCCCAACAGUCCAGCUCUCCGUCCAGCGAGGCAGCUCCUGUCGCCUACUCCCCUGGUUAUGAACCAUACGGCUUCAUCAUGUCUUAUGGUUCCAGCUCUGAAGAACCCUCCAGUGCUCCUGAAGUCCCAGUCCAGAGUCCAGGCUACGUCGGCGUUCCUCUGGUCUCCUGGGAGGAGACUCCGAGCUUAUUUGUUCCGCCUCAGCCUAGUUCUGGCAGCAGUGAACACAACAACAUGGCCUCAACUAGGGAAGCCUCCAGUCCCAAGUCUGAGGCGUCUCAGUUUGUCCCUCUUGGCGUCUCCGACCCUUCAUCCAUUGCUCACGCGUUUGAACGAUACAGCCGUGUUGCCUCUGCUCCUUAUGGAAACCCCUCAACUGCAGGCUCUGCUCCAGAGGAGCAGCCCGAGGGGAGACCUUCCUCCUCCAUGUACGACCUGAGGGAAAGGCUGGCGUCUCCUUAUUUCCCGGACUUCAGCUUCUUCGACAGGACUGUGGAGGCUCCUCAGGGCGAGACGUCCCCGCUGCCUCCUUCCUCCUACAUCAUCCAGUCCAGAAACGGCUUCCUGCAAGCGAGAGAGGUCCUGUCCCACAUGAAAUACUCCCCAUGGUAUCCUCAACCACUCGUCUUCCCCUAUGACGCUCCCAGCAAACUCCCACCGAUGACUGGGCCCAAAGGAGGAAAGACGGUCUGAGGGAAACCCUGGUGACGGAUCCUUGUAGAACCACUUCAACAUGUGAUUUAAUAAAAGUCUGAACAUGAGAA